UUUCAACGUCAUAAUUAAAACUCGCAGCUCCCUCUAGCUAACUUCUAAAUUAUACGAAUACCACCAUUAGAGCAGAGAGAUAAUGCAAGGCUGAUAUUUGAUGGAGAAAUGUUGCAAUCUCAACGUACAGUAUUACACAGUGGGCAAGCCUGGAAAUAUUACAUAAAUUUUGAAUACUAUAGAGAGAAUAGCAGUUAUGAUAGCUAUGGCUACCAGUACCACUACCAUACUGUUGUACAACCAUGUGGUAUGCGACUGUGUCUGAUUAUACACCAAUAGUAAUAUUAAUAGUAGUACAGUGAUAUUGACAGCGUGUUUUGCGAAAUGUAUUUUGUAAUUGUAAAUUAUUACAUUUUAUGUAUAAAUAUGUACAGAUAUCACAUCUUCAUAUGACUGGCCACUUCUAACUGAUAUUAAGUAAUAUCAGUAAUAACUUUGGUUGUAUUGAACUGAUCAAAUUGUUAACAGAGAGGGACAUCACUUGCACGUGUGUAUUAAAAUUGAAUGGAGCUUGUGAAUAUUAAGAUGUUGCUACCUAGUCAAGAGGAAAUAAACUUAUAACUCCAAAACCUAACAACUUAUAAUUUAUGAGGAAAUGGGAAGGAUUAUAGCAAUCAGCAUCUGGAUGUUCAUCGUGAUGAUGAUUUUUGGAGUUGGUGGAUACGUAUAUGUCCUGUGGAUUCAGUACUGGAGGUUUGCUAAAAAUAAACACUUCUCACAUGCUGCUGCUAUCAGGAGAACUUUCCUAGAGAACAACUUAACUUCUUUAUCCUUGAAGGAAGUAGCCCAGAGCCUGAACUCUCCAAGCCAAUACCAUUUAGAAGUUACUGCAAAUAAAACUGAAAAGAAUAGUUUUGCUGAAGAACAUAAAAGUCUUGUGGAUAAUUUAAUAAAAAAAAUUAAUACAUAUAAACACCAACUGAUAGUGCAGUUUCGUAAGUGGCAACUUCAAGGAGCCAGUGUAAUUUCAGACCAAAGUCAGAGCCACAAUGAUUAUAAAGUUCACUUUAAAGGUAAACGAUCUUUUGGUUACAAGUCAGAGACUGAUCUUGUUUGCAGUGCCAAACAUGAUGUGCCUGUCAGUAUGUUGUCUGCUGAUGACACCUUCUUUAAAGAAAUUGGCCUGGCACCAUUGUUUCCCAAUAAGAAUUUUAAUCAAGUUUUAGGACUGUACAAUAGCUGUGCAAUUGUUUCAAGUUCUGGAUCCAUGUACAAGUCAGGGUUAGGCAAAGAAAUAGAUACACAUGAUGUAGUGCUGAGAUUUAAUGAUGCACCAACUAAAGGUUAUGAAAAAGAUGUUGGUAACAAAACAACAGUCAGGAUUCUCAAUUCACAGGUGGUUUCAAAACCAGAGUUUGACUUUUCUCACUCACCACUGUAUGAGAAUAUGUUACUUAUAGUCUGGGAUCCUCCUGGUUAUGAAGACGACAUAAAAAAGUGGUACCAGCAUCCAGAUUUUGAUUUUUUUCCUUUCUAUUGGGAGAGACGACAAAGACUUCCUGAAGAAAAUUUCUUUGUAGUGCAUCCUACAGUCAUUUGGAAAGCUUGGAAUUUCAUUCAGGAAAAUACAGCAGUACCUAUAAAAAAGAAUCCUCCAUCUUCAGGGUUUUUAGGUUUGUUGCUACUACUACAGCACUGUAAUACUGUGGACAUAUAUGAGUAUAUCCCUUCAAUGAGAUUAACAAAACGUUGCCACUACUAUGAUGUGCAUGAAAACUUAGGAUGUACAUUAGGUGAUUGGCACCCUUUAGCAUCUGAGAAGCUACUUUCUUUAGCCAUGAAUGCUGCCUCAGACCUUCAGGUUUUUGUGAAUGGAAAGAUCAGUAUAAAAGGUGAUGUUAAGUGCUAGAAGUUUGAACAACCUGAAUCUGUAAAGUUCUUGUUAAAUUUUACUUAUACAAAGAACAUAUUGUGUUAAACAAUUUUCCUUAAUUUCAUCUCUGUCCUGCAAUUUUUUUUUAAGAAAAGGAAGAUAAAAAGAAAAUUUUAAGAAAAAUUAAGUCUCAUUAGUUUACCAUUAGACAUGAUAUAGAAAAAAAAGCAGGUGAUUUUGUAACUAGACAGGUAGUAAUUGUAAUCACAUUAUUAUUGUACUCAAGGCAUGUGACACACUGUACCCGAGAUGUUUGUUCAGUCUUAACUAUAAAGUUUACGUUAGGAUUAGAUCAGUUUUUUUUCUUUAUGAAUCAUUGUUCUGAUUGAGCUGUAAUACAGAAAAAUAUAGUUUUGUUUGUUUAUU